AUGUACAAUGAAUCCAUUAUAUCUGAAUUUAUUCUUCUUGGGCUUUCCAACAUUCCAGACCUGGACAUUACCUUGUUUUGUGUCUUCCUUCUUAUGUAUAUAGUAUGUAUGACUGGAAACCUUGUUAUCAUUAUCAUAACAAAUAUAGACCCAGCAUUGAACACUCCAAUGUAUUUCUUUCUUGGCAAUCUAUCAUUUUUGGAUGUAUUAUGCACAACUUCCACAAUCCCAAAAAUGUUGGCUAAUUUCUUUUCUGAGCGUAAAAUUAUAACAUUUCAUGGUUGCGUUGUUCAAAUGUUUAUAUUUACUGCUGCUAUGGACACAGAGUUUCUUUUGCUUACACUCAUGUCAAUAGACCGUUAUUUGGCCAUAUGCAAUCCUUUGCGGUAUAAAACUAUAAUGAGUAAAAAAUCUUGUUAUUUUAUGUCUGCCGUUGUGUGGACUUUUGGAUUGUGUAGUUCAACUUAUCACACAUCUAGUACAUUUCGUCUAUCAUUCUGUUCAUCCAAUAAAAUAAAUCAUUUCUUUUGUGAAAUUCCACAACUGCUGGCACUUUCCUGUUCAGACACAAGUAUGAACGAGCUAGUGCUUAUAGUGACAGAUGUUGUUUUGGGAGUAUUUUGUUUUAUCUUUAUUUUUGGCUCAUAUUUAUUUAUCAUUUUAGCAGUGUUAAAAAUCCGCACAGCUGAAGGGAAGAUGAAAGCGUUUUCUACAUGUGCCUCCCAUAUUACUGUAGUGUUGUUAUUUUAUAGUACAUUAAUAUUUGCUUAUUUUAAACCUUCAACAGGAAAUGCCUCUGAUAUGGACAAAGCAAUUGCUGUUCUCUAUACUAUUGUGAUACCAAUGUUAAACCCAAUAUUAUACAGCCUAAGGAACAAGGAAGUAAAAGAUUCCGUUCAAAGAGUUAUAUUUAGAAAAGUCAUUUUGAACUACUAA